CUCUCCCUCUCCCUCUCCCUCCCUCUCUCUGUCUCUCUCUCUGUCCUGCAGGACAGUCGGUGUCGAUCGCCCCGACAUUCUGAGUUUGAACUCAAACGGGAUCAGACUGCUGAAGUUCCUCUGAAACGGCUCUGACGGAUAAGAAAAGAGGGCUAGAGAAUUCUGGGUAAACUUUACUGUCAACGCAAACUAACUGACCAACAACCACAGAGACUGAACCAGGACCAGAGACUGGACCAGAGCCUAGACCAGGACCAGAGACUGGACCCUGGAGGACCUUUAAAGAAGUCUGAACCUGAAUCCUGUCGGACCAGAUCCAAAAGACCUGAGACAAAAGGAAAGUUUAAAGUAUGAGCAGUGGACUGGACGGAGGAGGAGGAGAAGGAAGAGGAGGAAGAGGAGGGAGGCAGCUCUUCCUCAGCUCUCACCGCUGUCCUGAAGUCGACCUGCUGCCUCAUCAUGACUCAAAGACUCAGAUCCCUCCACCCCGUUCCAUAGUUCCUGCUGAGAGGAGCCACGCAGGUCGGUCUGAGCAGACUUACCUGUCCACCUGUUGCUCUGCGGGGGAGGAGGGGGAGGAGGGGGAGGGGAGCAUCAGCGAGUGGUCGGAGGAGGAUCUCUCCCUCCACUUCUCUCCCUCCAUCAUCCUCCAAUCAGACGAUGAGUCAGAUCCAGAGAGUGGCUUCGAGUGUGUCGACGUUACCGUGGAAUCACAGGUGAAAGGUCCGGAGGGGGCAGGGCUAAAGAUGGUCCCGAAGCGCCUGAUUCAGCUGAAGAAGAAAGAUGCGGUGAACGCCACUGAAGGAGGAGCUGACGGGGAGCUGUCGGCCAAUGAGCUGCUCCGUCCCCGCCCUGAUCUGUUGCUACGGCAACAUAGUAUGCCGGCCGCCCUCCCCCCGAGCAGCAGUGAUGUGGACGGCUGCAGCGUGUACAGGGGCCUGGUGGCUGCGGCCCCCCGAGGGUGUAAUGGAGGAGGAGACUCGGCUCCAAGGCAGCGGCUACAGAAGUCCUUCUCUCUAGACGAAACUAAAACCAAGAUGGCGUCCUGCAUCAUUAAGAGCAUUCUGUCUAAGAAGAUGCAGGUGGAGCAGAACUCCACUUCCUGUCUCCUCCCCCAGAGGGUAAGGGAGGGGGGAGGGGGGAGAGAUGUGAGGAGUUUAGUUAAAAACACCCACAGCCCCCCCCCCUCCUACCAUCAGGCUGUGGGGGUCAAAGGUCACUCUGAUCCAGCAUUAGUCACCGCCUCCAGAGGACAUGUCGCCAAGGUCGCUGCGUCUCUCAGCCAAUCACAGGACAGGAAACAAAGCGGCAAAUUCAGUCGUCCAAUCACGCAGCAGAGACGAGGCAGCGAGUCGAAAAUCAGCGGAGGUAAAGUGGAUGAUGUCAGCCAAUUAGAGGCCCCCAGAUACAGCUAUGUGCACACCCCCCAGAGAUACCUGCAGCCCCCCCCACCUGUUCCUGCCCCCCAGAGCUACCUGCAGCCCCCCCCACCUGUUCCCACCCCCCAGAGCUACCUGCAGCCCCCCACACCUGUUCCCACCACCCCAGAGCUACCUGCAGCCCCCCACCUGUUCCUGCCCCCCAGAGCUACCUGCAGCCCCCCCCACCUGUUCCUGCCCCCCAGCGGCUGAAGAUCUCUGAGGAGAACCGCUCCGC